AUGGCGAGACUGCAGGGUGACAAACCGGAUGUCAUCAUGGGCGUUCCCUUCUUCCCCUGCACUUCCUUGCUGGCUGCCAAACUUGGCGUCCCCUACAUCGCCAUAAACCCCUCCGGCCUAGCGGGCAACGCGAUCAUGCAACCCCUGUGGGCUGGCAGCGGCCGCGAUUUUCACAUCGCGCCUCGUUUGGCCAGCGUGCCUGAAUUUCUCUUCGAGGCAACGUAUCCGAUGACCUUCCUGCAGCGCAUGCAAAAUGUUCUGCUCUACGCAUCGGCACAGAUGCACGGAAUCAUGAUUACUCGUCCGAUGAUGAGGAAACUGCAGGCCAAGCACAACCUGGACCUGACAACCGCUGAGUCACGCCGUCUGCACUUACUAACGAUUAUAAAUGGUGACAUGGCGCUGGAUCAGCCGCGGCCGCUGCCCCCCAGCGUGAAGCUGGUGGGACCCAUCAUGGCCAAGCCUCCGGCGGCGUUGCCUCCCGACCUGCAGGAGUUUGUGGAGGGCGCAGGAGCUGCAGGGGUUGUGCUCAUCUCAAUCGGCACCAUUGCUACAUUUGGCAAGGAGGAAAUUCAUGCGAUUGCAUCAGCGCUGGGCAGGCUAGCAGUCAGGGCUCUUUGGAAGCUGUCGGAGCAGGAGGUUGCAGCUGCAGGCGGCCUAGAAAGUCUGAACCUGACAGACAGCGUCAAGGUGCUGAGCUGGGUGCCUCAGAAUGAUGUGCUGGGCCACGCCAGUACAAGGGCGUUCCUGUCACACUGCGGCGCCAAUGGCAUGAACGAGGCUGCGUACCACGGCGUUCCUGUCGUGGCCAUGCCAUUCCAUGGCGACCAGACCUUGAAUGCCCGCAAGCUUAUCACAAAGGCGCGCACACAUCCAAAUUUGAAUUCAAGCGCUCUGCUUGCAUGGGUCUAUUUUUUCGGAAUGGCGGUGCUGUUGCAGCGAAAGGGUUUGACUGCAGACGGGGUGUAUAAUGCAUUUACAAGGGUACUAACCGAUGACAGCAUCCGGGCGGCUGCCGCGAAGGUGUCCAAACGCAUUCGCAACCGCAAGCGCACGCCUGUACAGGAGACUGCAGACUGGGUGGAGCAUGUGCUGGACUCCGGCGGCGAUCCCUACUUGCAGUUACCAGACAAUGACAUGAGCUUCUUCGUGCGCAACUCCCUCGAUGUGGCAGCGGCCUAUCUUGGCAUCGGGGUGGUUAUUCUCAUAGCUGGGAAGUUACUCAUCGCUUGGGUGAUGGGGGGCGCGUGCCGCAAGCUCAAGGGGCGUGCAGGGUGGGUGAAGAAGAUUGUGUGA